AUGCAAAGCGAAAUGCCCGCACCGGAGAUCCGCAACAGGAGAGGGCAGGAGCGCCGCAGUAAUUCACGAGGUCCGGCAGAACUGGCACAGCGCAGCCAGAGUCGUAAUUCGGGGAGGGAGAAAGAGAAGGUGAAGGUGACGGGGCCGUUGGAUUCGUGGGUGGAGCCUGACUUGGAUGUGCCCAAGCCGAGUUAUCAGGACCAAGGCGCGGGCCCGUAUGGCGUCUUGGAGCAUAUGCAGCCUCUGGGGGAGGCACCGAACGCGAAGGCCAGAGGACGAGUGAAGACAGAAGGGGCGCGCAAGUCUGUUUUGGGGCGAAGCUCUGCCGCUCCGGGCGCAGACGCUCGCGACACUCCUGAGGGCUCCCCAGCGCCUGCAACCAGCAUGCAGCCUACGGACACUCUGCCAGCUCCUCCUGUCGUGAUUGACGACGAGAGAGAUGGAGACUAUGCGCCGAAGAUGAACGGCAAGAAGAAGGAGCGAUCCAUGCGCGCUCGCACGGCAAAACAAAAGAGUGAAUCGGCAUCGUCAAACACACCAGCCGCCGACACCACAAAACAGCCUGUUCAGCAACCGCCUUCCGCGAGCUCGGAGCAGCACCGACUCGAGUACGAAAAAAGCAAGCUAGAGCGCGUGGUCGAGGCAGCCAAAGCACGUGCGAGGGAGGUGGGAAAACCCGAUCUUGCCCACGCCGUCGAAGAAGUCUACCAACAAAGUCUCACGAACGCCCGACUGCAAAUACUUCUCGAGGCUAUCCUCACGCAGCAAGCCACGCAGGAUCAAACCCGCGAGUUUCAAGGCUACGUGAAGGUCGCCAAACGCGCGCUCAAGGACGCCAAGAAUAAAGCACGGCAAGCACCGGCUGGAAAUCUCUACCAACAGAACAGCACACCUCAGAAUACUGCUCCACCUUUUCAACCGCCCAAGGUCACCGUGCGACCACCGCCAACCCAGCAGACUCGACCAGAACCGGCCUCUGCUAUACCGUCGACAGAGGUGCCGGAGGCCACCAGGUCGAAGCUCACCCUCAAAGUCAAGUCUCCUGCAAAGGACUCUAACCCCCGACGCUCUGCCAACGGCAACAUGUCGGUCUCACCACGCAAGCGUGCUGGCAGUGCAGGUAGCGAUUCUUCUCUCACGUCCCUUACCUCGAAUGAGGACAACGGAGAUGACAUGGACCUCGACGACGAGCCACAUGCAUCCACUGGCAACGCCGGUGCCGGAUCUACCAGAGGUCAAAGCCACCGUGUGAAAGACCAUGCUGCGGAACGUGGCUCCUUGGCUGUGGCAGGCGGCGCAACGAAGCGGUCAUCGGCAGACGCAGAGCUCGAGGAAGAACGCGACCGACAAUUGGCGGCCAAGAAGCAGAAGAUGAGCGAGUCUACCGCCCGCGACUUCGAGUAUCAGGAGAGCAACGUGCGCCCUGCGAUGCCAGCACCGCGGUCUCGUGCCGCGCGAGUCCGAGACAGUGCUCUGGCACCACCAUCACUGAGACUCGACCCUAACGGAAGCCGCGCCGCAAGCACGAGAGGCAGCCGAGCAGCUUCUACGGACGUUGAAUCUCCUCUUACGGAUCUCUCGCCAGCGAUAUCGAGACAAAGCACGCCGCAGCUUCCCAAAAACCCGCCGAAAACGACCGGCAAGAGGGCGAAGACGAAGCAAUCGUAUGUAUCCCCAUCCGCAUCCGCAUCCCUAUCCCCAUUCUUCACUCACCGCGAGGUCAUUUGCUUGUCUCGCACACGCCUUGUGCGCUACCAAGAGCGAUUGCCACGUGUUUGCUCGGUGGAAUGUGCUCCUUAUCAGCCCGUCUGGAAGCCUCCAUUCUCGCGGUGCGGGGCUGCAAACACCUCUCUCUCCUUGUCGGUCGUGUGUACGGAUACCUACAAAGGCUAAUCAUAUACCUUAUCAACAGGCCCGAAAAGAAGCAUCAGGCUGCCAACGAUGGCAUGUCAGGCCCUGGCGGUGGCGCAGGAAGGGACAGCCCAAUCGGGGAUGAUGACAAUGAAGAGGUAAGACAACGCUCUGGCUUUCGCGCUAAAUUCCGUCUUUCGCUUCCACGCAACUUUGUCCCCUGCACAGAACACCACGACACGAGAUGCAUCUCCCGCAACGCCGCAUCUCGUCCCCCCAUUUCUUUCCUAUGCUUCCACUGAACCAUAAACAUGAUCUGAUCAACGACUCACAGCUCUCCGAGAACAAUGACUUCUGCGAGGCCUGCGGCGGCAGCGGCUACUUGCUCUGCUGCGACGGAUGCAACCGAUCAUUCCACUUCUCCUGCUUGGACCCGCCCAUCAGCGAUGAUGCCAAGGAGUUGGACGAGCCGUGGUAUUGCUUCGUCUGUGUGGGCAAGCGACCCAUCAACGAAUCGCCCGGAAAGCAUACCCAAGGCCUUUUCGCGCCACUCAUCAGCAGUCUGAAGAAAUCCAACCCGGCCAAUUUCACGCUCCCGGAAGAAGUGAAGAACUACUUCGAGGGAGUCGCGGCGGACAAGAAUGGGAACUUCACCGAGGCUCUUACAGCCACCAAAACUACCAGGUAUGUGCGAAGCUUCCAGCUAUCUUGUCAGCCCUUGCUAACGCCACUCCGCAGAGGCCGACCUGGCUACUCAGACGAGCAGCCAGACUACUACAGGACGCGCGACAGCAAAGGAAAUCUCGUACUUUGCUAUCAUUGCGGCAAGACGUCGAACGGCAAGCGCGCGAUCGUCACCUGCGAUCACUGUUCUCAACACUGGCACCUCGACUGCCUGGAUCCUCCGCUGGCAAAUCCACCGGCCCUGAAUCAGAAUGGCAAGAAAGUGCACGACUGGAUGUGCCCACUCCAUGCCGAUCAGGAACUCCGGCGUGUUGAUAUGAUGACGCUCAGCCGCCGCACAAUCCAUGUUCGGAAGCCGAAGAAGCCGAAGGUCGUCCAGACUGCUAUGCAGCGUGGCUUCCGUAACAACGGCAUUAUCGAGGUGGCAGAGGAAGAGACCGAUGACUCUGAGUCUGAAUUCUACGACCAGGAGGAGGAAGACGGCAUCGUCCACAAGUUGCCCGAGAAGGGCAUCAAGCUGGACUUCAUCGACAAGGUCAAGAAGUAUGCAAAAGCGCCUACCUUUGCCUCCUGUCUGACCAUACGCUAAUGAUCUGUCCAGUUCUCGAGUUCAGAAGAUUCGCGACAUCAGCGCCGCAUACAAGCGCGCACGACUACAUCCAUCGGCUCCCAGCGCGCUGAAGCGAGCCAACUUCGCCAAGCGACCGUUUAACGAGAAGCAAGUCGCUCUCCAGCUGGCUCAAUUUGCAAACAACAACCAAGAUCUCAACCUUGGCGGUGAUCAGGUAGAGAACUUGGUCGGCACUCUGAUCGUAAGUCCUCUUUGCUUCUUCUCCCUACUCGGGCCUCGCGACCAUGACGUCAGUAGCGAUGCUAAUCCGCGUGUCCAGGCCGAAGCACCCACUGAGGUGGUCAACGAGAUGAUGGCUGCCGAGGACGUCGAGAUGACCAAGUCGGUCUCUUCUGCCAUCCCGCCAUCGCCACCAUCUUCCGAGCAGCCCGAGCAGCUGUCGGCGGAGCUGCGGAAGGAGCUGCAAGUCCUGCAGGAACUCAUCCGCCGCAAGCUGGAGGGCAGCAAGACCUGA